AUAAUAGGCUCACUGGGGUCAGAACAAAGACAGGCAGAGGUGACAGCAGGCUCCUUUAAAGCCCAGGAAUCUGGUAUGAAUAACCGCUUAAGAAAGCUCUUGGGUAGUGGGGAGGUACUUUGUAUGUGAGGGUGCCUAUAGAGACACAACCAGAAGAGUCAAUGCCAGAAGACUGUGGGGUGUGCAUGUAGAAUUGUUUUGUAAAAAGCAAGUGUGUACUUUUGUUGGCAAUGUGAAAUAUUUGCUUUAGAGUGCCUAAAGCUAGAUCCGCUGGGGGUGGGAAAGAACCUUCUUCACUCCUGUAAAGAAUUCAGCUCUUCUGCUUGGGGGUGGUGCCGUUAUCAAAAUGUUAAUGCUAAUUUCCCAUCAAGUGGCUGAAAGUCUGGGACAGCUUUGGGUCGUGCACAGGACGCAGGGUAGAUGUCCAUUCUGCAUGUCAAGAAAGGAAAGGAUGUGGAUUCAGAAUGGGGUGAUGUAUUUCUGAAGCCAUAGCUGCAAAAUGGUCUAUCACACGAGUUGCUCUGUUCCUUGUAGCGCUUUCCAGAACUGAGUGAUCUUUUAAGUCCAUUUCUGUGUCUUCCAGAGGUGCUUUCUAGGGAGUGUUGCCUGCUGCAUGUUGGAAUGGUUUUGCCUAGGCUAGUUGUAUCCAUAUGAUGAUUUUUUUAAAAACAGAGUUGUAAGAAACAGUCAAAUUAAGAAAUGGAAAUGUGUUGUGAAAUAUUACACAGGAAGAGCCUAUCAGAUUCUGGGCGAGUAUAGAUGCUCCGUGGUCUAAUUGCAAUUCAAAAAUAGCAAGAACAUUAAAUGGUGUUCGGAAAGAUUCCAUUGUUCUCAUACAUGGUGCUUUUUGCUUGAACACUCAAGGGGACAAGUGCUGGUUAAGCUGUGCCACUUCCAAGAUCCUGCAAGAUUUUCUGUUGGUUACCUGUAUGCGUGAUACUGCUGUCUUGUGCAGUUUAAAGCGAAAUGAAGGACUGGUGUUUGUCAACAGCUAAACAUUGAUCAUCCUUGUUCUCUCAGAGUCACAGGGAGGAAGGAAGAGCUAUGUCCCGGCUGUCUUUGACACGGUCUCCGGUUUCUCCCCUGGCUGCACAAGGAAUUCCUCUCCCAGCUCAGCUCACCAAAUCCAACGCCCCUGUGCACAUUGAUGUAGGAGGACACAUGUACACCAGCAGCCUGGCAACCCUGACAAAGUACCCGGAUUCCAGAAUAAGCCGUCUGUUUAAUGGCACGGAACCUAUUGUCUUGGACAGUUUAAAACAGCACUAUUUCAUUGACCGAGAUGGUGAAAUUUUCAGAUACAUAUUAAGCUUCUUAAGAACGUCGAAACUGCUGCUCCCGGAAGACUUUAAGGACUUUAAUCUUUUAUACGAAGAAGCCAAGUACUACCAGCUGCAGCCGAUGAUCAAGGAGCUGGAGCGCUGGAAGCAGGAGAAGGAGCAAAGGAAGCAUUUCCAGCCGUGUGACUGCUUGGUUGUGAGGGUGACUCCGGAUCUCGGGGAGAGGAUUGCGCUGAGCGGGGAGAAAACCUUGAUCGAGGAGAUCUUCCCGGAGACAGGGGACGUCAUGUGCAACUCGGUCAACGCUGGUUGGAACCAGGACCCCACCCACGUCAUUAGGUUUCCUUUGAACGGAUACUGCCGGUUGAAUUCUGUGCAGGUACUUGAGCGGUUGUUCCAGAAGGGAUUUAAUGUGGCAGCAUCGUGUGGUGGCGGUGUGGAUUCCUCCCAGUUUAGCGAAUACGUGCUAUGUCGCGAGGACAGGAGACCACAGCCCAACACUACAAUCAGGAUAAAGCAAGAACCCCUGGACUAAGGACCAUCUUUUCCCCUCCUUUGUAAACGUAGAAGUGUUUAAUAGUCCCUUGUGUGGAAACACUAAGGAUUUGCAAGACAGUAUUAAUACAGGUGACUUUGGUGUUGCCAACGAGUGACCUUUCUGAAACUACCUGUCACAUCGCCAGCCGUGAACUGCACUGGAAAGCAGAGACAACAAAAGAGUUUCCUUAGUUUUAUGAGUCAGCCGCCGAGUCCGCACAGCUUUUGGAUGUUCUGUGGAGUUGGACUCUUGACAGAACAGGCAUCGCGUGGAGAAGAGGCACUGCUUCCAUGGAGAACUGAGAUCUGCUUGGACUUUGGCAGAAAGACCAUUCAUGUAAUUUGAAUCUGUCCCUUGAAGGACGUUGGCCAGCUUUCUGGAGUCCCAGCUCCACCUCCCCCAGCGAUACUAAGAACAUGGGAGCUGCCCAAAGGAAGAUGGCGCCCGCACUGAGCUUCUACCCCAGCUGGAUGCCAUCUCCUCCUCAUCAUAUCAGGCAUCCUUUUGCAUCUCCAUUUGUUAUUGGUUUCUCUCCUGUGGUUUCAUUUGCUCAUUGUAUCAAAUGGCUUAUUUUUCUACAACGCCUAUAAUUGUCUUGUGUACAGAAGCCACCUCAAACGGGGACCAAUUCAUAUUCUUCUGGUGCUGGAAUUUUUUCAAAUUCUUUUCGGUCCCACACACUCCCUUUUUGAGAUAAAUGGGGAUUCUACCGCAUUUGAAGUGAUGCUCCCACAACUGACAAGAGUUAAGGACCGUAAAACAGAGGGAAAUGGAGGCUUAACUAAAGUCCUUAAUAAGACGGUGUUCAAGUUGUGGUGUCCUCUCAUUCAUUUCUAGACGUUACGGUUUUUUAUUCUGUAGAAAUGGACUGUGCCAAUUUUCUUACUACAGAGUUCUCAAACCUGGGUCUGCAAACAUUGUUGGACCACAACUCCCAUCAUGCCCUUCAGCCAUUGUCACUGGGGAGGAUGGGAGCUGUAGUCCAUCAAUGUCUACUCUGCGGACCCAAAUUUGAUCAGCUUUCCUACCUUUCACUCUUCAUUUAGAUGCAAUGUUCCCAUUGCUUUGAAACUUUCUGUACAGUAUCAAAGAAUGACAAGAACACAUCUUUUCAUGCUGGUUGGAUCAGUUCAUUUCCUCACAAGUUAUUUCUUCUUAAAAGCUUUAAAAGCUAGUGUUAUCAAGUCGCCUUCAGUUUGGGGCUCUCAGCAUUUGGGGGGCAGAUGCACUCAGUUUUCUUCCAUGUAGCAGAAAGCAUAUUUCAGUUUGCAGAUGAAGUGAGAGAACUUCUCAAAUGCAUGUACAUUUGACACCUGGAGGAGAAAAGCAGGAUUUCACCUGCUGACUCUACCAGGAUCUAGAAGGAGAGAGUCGGUGGGUGGUGUUGAGGCCAUCUAGUCCAUCCCACUGUUCAGUGCAGGCAAUGCAGAGCAUCUCCACUAUCCAGCCUCUGCUUGAAGACCUUCAGCGAGAGGCAGGCGAUUGGUCCCAUUGUCAAAAUGCUUUUGCCGUGACAUGUUCCACCAGAAUCCACCCUUCUGUAAUUUAAUCCCAUUAGAUUUAGUCUCGUCCUCUGGGGCAGCAGAGAACAAGUGUUUGUCCUACUUAUUGCAACAGCCCUUCAGCAAUAUGAAGGAUGCCGCUAUCGUCACCUGCCUUAGUCUUUGCUUCUCCAGGCUGAGCAGACUUCCUUCCUUUAGCCUUCCCUCGUGGGGCUUGUUUUCCAGAUCCCCAACUUAUGCUUCUUACUUGUGUCUUGUGAACAGAAUCUCUAGGCAUCGGCUCCAUAUGUGUGAUCUACCCUGCACAAAUUCAGGACACAGAUUAAGGUUAUUCACACAGUCAAAAACUGCAUUCUACCCAGGUUUGGGAGCUGUUGAUGCUCCCAAUUUUUGGUUGUGCAGAAGCAAGGUAGGAGGAAAAAAUACCCAGGUUUUCCUCCUACCUUGCUUCCACACAAUCACUUCUACGCAGGUUUUCCUCUUUCCUUGCUUCCACACAACCAAAAAUUGGGAGCAGACACAGUUCCCAAACACAGGUAGAAUGCAGUUUUUGAUUGUGUGAAUGACCUCAGAGUGUGGACAGAGCUGACCUACAUUCAUUCUUCAUACUAUGCAAAGACUCUGUUCAAAAGACACAAUAAAUGUGCAGGGGGUGGAGCCAGCUUGUGUGGGCCUGGGGCCUGCAUACCUAAAUUGUACACAUUUGUUGGGUAGCAGGACUAUGAAACAGCAGGGUCAAAAAUCCUUUCCUAUGUUUUCUCUGUGUGGGUGAACCUCGCAACCAUCAUGGACAAAUCCCAUUUAAAGCACAUGAAUUGCAUUUAUACCUCACCUGGAAAUGUGACAUGGGAACCACCCAUACACAUAACUUUGACAGAGAUGGGCCUGUGAAUUGGAUCCAGCCUGAAAAUGAUGCCAUGAGUUAUUCACUACUCACGUGAUCCAUUUGAAAAGGUUAGGCCAUCUUCUCUUUGAGCACCAAAUGGUAGCCCUUAAAGAGCACCUUGUCAUAAAAGGUGAAAUUUAAGGCUACCCCUACAGUAAAAACUUGCAUCAGUGUUAUACUAAUAUAAGUGUCAUGGCCCCACAGAACCCUGGGAAUUCUAGUUUGGAAAGGGGGCAGAUAAUCCUCUCUUUGAAUAUCCUAACCACCACUUACCCAUGCAGAAGUACCCUAUUGAGGAUUUCCUGGGGGAGGGACAACGGUUGAACCAGUCUAAGCCUCUUGUUUAGAUCUGCCAUAAAUGUGACAUGUAGAUUCUAACCACAGGAGGUGGGGGGAGGCAAAUAACUGAGGUGUCAUAAAUAUCACAUUAUCACUCUUGUUUUUUUAUUUGCAAAUAAGGUACUAGGCAAGAAAGAAUGUUGGAAAUUGUUCCGCUCCCGAAAAUAGGAGGUCCCAGCAUACAAUCUACAAGGAACUUUCUCAGGACCUACUGAGAUGAACUGGCUUUCUGCCAGAGUUCAGCAUAACUCCUGUGGAAUUUAGGGCUUUUAUCCUUUUUUUAUCUAAUUUUAUCCUUUGCCAAGUGCUGGGUGCAGGAUUGCCGACUUUUGAACUGGCCCCUGCAGCUGUGCCUUUUUACAGCAGUUUGAUUAGCAGAGAAGCAGCAGAUUAUAAGACUUCUCUCCAUUCUACGAAAAGCUUCACUUGCUGGUUUCUCCAUUGUCAGGCUGCUGAUAAAGACACCGAAGGAGGCCAGCCUGGCUUGUUUUUAUGGCCCCAAACAGGAUAAUGGGCACCCCCGUCUUGUUGAUGCAGCUGAAGUUGGUCUCCAGUUCCACCCAUCCCUUUCACUCCCGUCCCCACGAAUAUCCCCUCUGGGCCUGUAUUACCUAUGAAGAACAAUUGCAGAAGAGAUCAGUGUGGCAGCUUCAAAUAUCUUUAUUUAACAUCUUUUAUACUUUUAUGGCACUCUUAAAUAAAACAAUUAAGUCCUAAAGCCAUCACUUUUGUAUGUAAGAUACCUGUUGAAUUGUAUAGUACUGUAUCCACUUAAUAUUGUACCUUCCCCCUGCCUGCCCCAAACUGAAAAUCAUGCUCUGUGUUGAUAGCCAUUUCUUGCUGUAUGCCGCAUCACAGACACUCCCAUAAAGUCAAAGCUCAAAUCUGCAGGAAUCUUACCUUACUUUCCACAUGGGUCAGCAAAAGUUUGAAAAUCCAGUUUGGUUCUCCUUGGCCGCACAACCAUCGGGGAGGAUUCCUGUGCAAACCAGAGCAUGGUGGUGCUCCCCACUGAGGAAAUGGGUUGUAGGUCAAUGGUGCAGCACCUGUUGUGCAUGGCCUGGCGGCAUCUCCAGGUGCGCUAGGAAACGGCCCUGUCUGAAAGCUGGGCUGAGAGCAGCUGCCAGUCUCCGCAUUCAGGUAGACAGAUCGGGGUCCUAAGUUAGAUGGACUAAUGGUCUCAUUCUGACUUCAUAAUGUUCAGCUCCAAUUUAUUUCAGUGGGGCAUGCGCAAGGGAACUUCUUGAUGGAUUGUGCCCAUUGUCAUUUUACACAGUUAAGCAAAGUGUUUGCUUUGAGUAGUCUUUCCCCUGGACACUUUCCGGAUUAAACCCUACCACAGUGUCACUGUGGAUCUGUGAAGUGUGUUUCCAUACUUCUGUUGUGACACUGCAGUCCCUGCACUGACAUCAAGGUGCUGUUCACAUUUCCGAUGCCUUCUGUCGGAUUUUAUCUUUGCAAUAUAGUGCUACAACAUUGCAUGUGCGUAGCAGAUAAGUUGCUGUGUUUUCCCGUUAUAGGAAUUUGGGAUUCGGGGGGGUUCGUUUUCAAUACGAUCUUGCCAAGCCAAAGCAUUUUAACCCUGUUAUAGCGUGCAAUCUGGAAAUGCCCAGAAGAUUUAAAUUGUGUCACUUUUUCAUAUUUCAUACUUCAGUCUGAGCUUCUUCACAACGUUUCCUGUGCAUGGGAACAGAAUUUGUGCUUGAUCCCUUGGGUCUCCUAGUUUUUUAAAAUUAUUAUUAUUAUUACUCUAUGGGCAUAAAGAUUUGAAACACUAAAACGCUAUAGGCACUGCCCAGUGCCUGUCCAUUCCCAGUAUGAACUUGAAAAUUUGAUACAUUCAGAUUUAUCUAAAUAUAGAUACAUUCAGGUGUGUGGUUUUAAUCAUAAGAAUUUUAUGCCAGCCUACAACUUCUGUCCAAACAAUUCUUACAGAUAGGUCACAAUUUGGGCUAAGAUGAAUUUCCAUGAGUUUCAAUUCUGAGACCACAUUUUGCAUUUUCAGGUGAGGAGACAUUUUUGUCAAUGCUAAUGAUACGAGCAUCAAAACGGUGUCACUAUUUUCCAGUCAUGUUCUAAAUAUGAAGUCCUGUUUGGACAUCCUAAAGUGACUGCAGAAAAGCCAACAAGAAAAUUAUUUUUAAAAAAUUAAUGGAAACCAGGAAAAUGAUGUGGAAUUUUUCAGCUCAGCCUAACCACAGCUAUCCCACCAGGGCAGAAUUGAGGCGUCUUGCCCAAAGCUAUGCACAGAGCCUAUGGUUGACCUGGAUUUGGAUACCCUCCCUGACUCUUAGAUACAAAUCAUGCAAGCACAAUUUUGACUGAAGCCAACCAGUUUCCACCGAGACCCAUUAUCCUUUGGAACUUAAAUGUAUUUGUCUUGCUCGAGAACCUUAGCCCUGGACUUAUUUAUGCAGGGAUAUCGGGAAGAAUAUAUAGACAGAUGUGUGAACAUCUCUUUUGCUGUGUAUACGUGCACUGGGAAUCUCUUGCCAGUUAUGACUUCCAGCUGGGUUAGAUGUGCCAUUUUCAUCUGAUACAUCCCCCUCCCGCAACACAUGCAACACACAAAUUUAGAUAAAAUGUCAUGUUGUGAAGUGGCCGAAAGCCUUUAAGGCCCUCUGAAAUAUUUGUGGGUUAUUUGGCUUCUCCCCUGGCCCCUGCCCAUUUCCGUUUGAUGUUUGCAGUGUUUCUUCUAUGUCUAUAAAUCAGCUUCAGUUAAGGAAGGAGUUUGGCAAGGUGGGGCCAUAAAAGGAUCCAGCAGAUGGAAAAGGUUUGAGUCAUGACAUCACAGCACUAACAGCAGAGCAGAAGUGAAACAAGCAACCCAUGUGGAAGUAAUCACUUCAUUAGGAAGAUACGGGCCUCCUUUUAGAAGGAAAACUUACACCAGGACAUAUUCUUUCACUUAGAGAUUUCAGGUUGCUGGAUUAAAGGUUUUACCAUUUCAUUUUUUUAAAAAUAGUUCCAUCGCAGAACAGCAAUAUCAGUGGCAGCUGUCUUUAUGGCUCCCUCUCCUCCAACGUUAUACACAGAUUGUGUUCUGUAAAACAAAGGGCAAAACCAACCGCUUUGGUUUUGCAUAGCUAGCAAAACGGGUGCUCAGGCAGCAAAUACAUUCUCAUUUGAAGGCGAGCAACAUUUAAUUUGAUCCGACUGAACCAAAGUGGUUUGGGUUCCUUUGGGCCAUUUCUCUUGCUUCCAUAUAUGCCAUUGUUCUCCCCAGCUGCAUAAGCAACUCAAAUAUGAGUGCUUUGGAUGGCCUUGUUUUUGUUAAGAGGACUGAUGAUGCAGCUCGUGAGUUAGGAGGUCUGGACCAGGAGCUUGCAAAGGCACAAAGGAUGUUGGGAUGCAGCCUUCUGGCCACAUGAUCUAUCAUGGCUAACCCCACCUCUUCUCCAUCUUGCUGCUCUCAGACCAAACAAAACAGACUGAGAACCCUUGGAAAGGCAUAUAGGGGAAAUCUGUUUUAAGCCAGAAAUGUUGAGAAUUAAUUAGCUGCAUCAACAAUAUACAUGUUUCUUGGCAGCUGUACAACAUGUUUAACAAGAGCAAGAGUUAACACAACAAGAAGUUCAAAACCAUGUAUUAUUAAUCUCUUCUUUCUUUUUGGGGUGGGAGGGAGUAUUCUGUUAAUAUUUUACCACCAAAUGUUUUGAAUCAUUGCUUUAGACUACACAACCUUGUGAAAAGAAAAGUCAUGUUUGGGAAACGCUUGGUCACCCCAAUGUUUUAUUCCAAUAAAUUGUUUUAUUUCUUUGCAAAACAUGUACAAAUAAGUAACUGAGGUAUUUCCAAUUGUGUAAAGAAACCUUCAAGACCGCUUGAUCCUGCAGACAGAAGGACUUGAGAAACGCAAUGUACAAAAUAUCAAUACAUUUAAAACAGAAUUUUGUAUCUCCUGAGUGUGAUCAGUUAUUUGGGCAAAUAGAAGUUUCUGCUGCUUUUA